AUGAACGUGCCUGGCGGGAGAGACGACGGUGAAAAUGAAGGCGCAAAUACCGUUUUCGCGAACGGUGAUGGGUGUUCGCUUGUGUUGCUUAUGGAAGAUAAAAGGGAUAGGAAGGACACCCAAAAAAAGGAGUACCCCGCUAAGAAGGGGUACCUCACGAAGAAUUACCCCGGUAAAAAGGAGUACACCUCGAAAAAGGCGUACACCCCGAUAGGGGAAUACACAGUAGAAAAUGCGUACACCGCGUGUAAAGCCAACCAAGGGGAGGCCGAUAAAAACGACGCAAACGUGGUAGAGGGUGGAAAAUCCAAGAAAAAUGAAGAAAGAGUGAUCACAGGAAUGAUCAAGAUCCUUGAGGAAAUGAAAGAGAGCGAUGAUACAUCUGAUGCUGUAGAUCCUGGGUUAAACCCAGGUGGUCAUCAGCAAGGCACCGAGUGCGCUACGCAGGUGCAAAAUGGAGACGAAGUUAACCGGAAUACGUACCCACGUAGAGACGACACAAAAUUGCAUGUAGGGUUGGAUUACUCCACUUUCUACCUUGACACCCCAUAUAAAAUUAUUAAGUGCAUGAAUAAAGGUAGCCAUUUUCUUUUCUGGGGUAGUGACACACUGUGUGGCCAAAGUGACCAAGUGACAAAAGAGUUUAAAAUGAACGAAAUGAAAAAAAAUAACUGCGAGGAGUUAAGAAAUAGUAGGUUCAUUUUUUUUGAUAGGCAAAAGAAACUACUCGUGCUAAAGUACAACAUCAGAAGUAACAGUUUUAAUUACGUAAGUGAAAGCGACCCUAUUUAUGUGUACUUUUAUCAAUUACAUGAAAAAAAUUUUUUAGAUGAUAAUAUUAUUAAAGAAAAAAAAAACUCGAUUUUAAUUUACCCGUACACAUAUGUGAAAGUAUGGGAAAGCUUAACUUGUUACAUUAACGAGGAGGUAAUAAAUAAAAUUGAGCCAAUUAAUAAAACCUUUUGCUCCUCCUUCUUGGAAGAAGAAGAAAAAAAAAAAAAAAAGGGGGGUACGGGUUUGCUUAGGGAGGAAGAGAUGAAUCUGUGCAACCAGCCCUACAUGUUUUAUUCCGUGAUUCCGAGGUACCCCGCAAGUAAGACUUACCCAAAGGAGGGGAGAGUGAGCGGCGGUAGUCGGCAUAAGAAGGAAGACAAUGUAGGGGUGAACACUACAGAGGGUGACGGAGCAGGCGGCAUCAGUAUGGAGGGUGACGAAGCAGGAGGCAUCAAUAUGGAGGGUGACAUCGUAGGUGUCAAUGUAGAGGGUGAGGAUGUAGCACGUUCGGGCGUAUCGGUCGGUGACCAUGAGGUUGGCCCCAAUGAGCCGCCCAACGACCAUCUGAACAGCGCGAAUGAGAGCUACUUCGAACGCAUCGAUGUAGACGACAGACAUAAGAAGUAUGUACCGUCCGACUUAACCAUCAUCCAUUUGGAGAAGUAUUGGAUUCUGAAGGAGAUAAUUCAGCAAGAAUAUACUUACGUGUAUUAUGAGAAUGAAAAGAAGGAAGGUUUUCACAAGUUUGAAAAUAAGCUUUUCUACAUUUUGGGCGAAUUUCAGUUUGCCUAUAUUCUCUUCCAUUUAGGUUUUAACUAUCAGUCCUUCGUUCAGUGGCGGAAGCUGUUUGAGCUCCUUUCCAAUUCGCAGCACUUGGUGACCAACUUUGCAGACUUCUUCGAAGAAGCCUUAAGAGUCAUUUCCAUCCACCUAAGCUACCUGAGUGAUGACUUUUUUGACAACACUGACAACAGUUUUAUUCUUUUUGGAGUUUACAACAUAUACGAAAUAGUUAGUGGCGUGGGGGACGUGCAGGAAGGCAUAACCAACGUGAUGAAUUCCAUAGACUCUAUAAUUUAUGCAAAGCUGGGGUUACAUUUGCCCGACUUGUCCUUUGUGUAUGAAGAGUUCCAGCCCACGUACGUAGAUGACGAUUAG